UCAAAACUUCAACUAUAUAUAUAGCCGUUUCAUUUCAUCACUUCACAUCCCACUUCUUACUUAGAAUCUUGAUUGAUAUUCCUUUUGGAUAUUUGUCUAAGUAGGUUUGAACUUUAGCAUUAGAUAUGAGUUUAGUAGCACUCAAAAACCACUGCAUUUUUCUACUAGUGACACUGAUUUUUCCUGCAAUUUGCUAUUGUGAAGAAGCCAAUUCCCUCUACACUAGAGCAACCUAUUAUGGCAGCCCCGAUUGCUAUGGAACCCCUAGUGGAGCAUGUGGAUUUGGUGAAUAUGGGAGGAAAAUUUAUGAUGGGAAAGUGAGUGGAGUUUCUAGGCUCUACAGAAAUGGAACUGGCUGCGGUGCUUGCUACCAGGUUAGGUGCAAGGUAUCAGGUCAUUGCACAGACGAGGGCACAAAAAUAGUAGUGACAGAUUAUGGGGAAGGAGACCAUACAGAUUUUAUACUAAGUGUACGUGCCUAUUCAGAAAUGGCUAGUCCAGGAAUGGCUAGUCAUUUAUUGGCCUACGGAGUUGUUGACAUUGAAUAUCGCAGGAUUCCUUGCCGUUACUAUGGUUACAAUUUUAUGAUCAAAGUUCAUGAAAACAGCAGGUUUCCUAACUAUUUGGCCAUUGUCCCAAUCUAUUUAAGUGGUGCAUUUGACGUUCAAGCUGUCGAAGUUUGGCAGGCUGAUUGCAAGGAGUGGAGGGGGAUGAGAAAGGCAUAUGGAGCAGUAUGGGACAUGCCAAAUCCACCAACAGGAUCACUCACAUUCAGGGUUCAACUGAGUUUCUCUGCCUAUGGGGAGGUCAAGUGGGUGCAGCUCGCCGAUGUUCUUCCCGACGAAUGGAAGGCUGGCAUUGCUUAUGACACCAACCUUCUGCUCGACUAAAUUCCCCAUAGAGAACUACUUAGGCACUAGGCUUGGCUUGCUUUUUCUACUUUAAUUGUUUUCAUUUUCUUUUCUUCAAUGUAAUGUGAUUGCAUUCUCCUUUAAGUGUUUUACCUAAAGAUAUAUAUAUAUAUAUAUUCAUCGAAUAAACGAUACUCAGAAGAUUAAGAAAAUUGUGAUGUUGUAUGGGCUGUAUAGGCGAUGAAUUGUGGUGAUAUAAAUAAAUAAAUAGUGAGAUUUUUAAUAA